GUUUCAAGGUACAUACGGUUUUGUUUUUAAAUGUUAAAAGAUUUUCAAAACUUUUUGAAUGAUUAAUAUUCUCCUGAUCGUUCAGAGUUUUAUUACAACCCCGAUAUGGAUCAAGAAUAUCCGUUGUUAAAUUCAAAUAAGGAUGUUGAUAAUGACCUGCUGAUAGAUGUCUGUGAGCUGAGCGUUUCCUUGGGUAAUUUAACCCAUGAUGUGUGCAAAUCCACGAAGAUCUUAGCGCAACACCCGGCACCUUUGGGCGGUGACUCCGAAAGGACUCUUCUUGCAAAAUUCCAGCAGAAAUUCGAGCAGUUAAAGCAAGGAGCGAAGGCUAAGGAGAUUGUCCAGUACGAAGCAAGGAGUAACAGGCUAAUGCAACUCUACAAGGAGCUGAAAGAUCUCGAGCCAGAUGAGGGUAAGCGAUGCCAGCACUUGUCGCUCCUUUAUGAACUCUUCGAUUUUGAACACUCAAAACAUAAGAAGAUCAAGACAUUUGGAAAAUCGGGAAAGCUGAAUGGAAGAAAUAGCAUAAAAGUGCAAAAAAUUAAAGAUUAUAGAAAGGUAAAGGGAAUUAUAUGCGAAAAAGUUGUUGCUGAGAGUAGCAGUGUCAAGAAAAAUGAAAAACUGGUCUUGCAAAAUUCCAAAGACUUUCAAAUAUGUAAGCAACAAACUUUGACAAAAUUAAUAGACUCAGAAGAAGAUAAAAUACAGGAAACAAUUUCAUUUGAAAGUCCUUUUUAUAAUACUCGUAACUAUACUAUUGACAACGAUGAAAAUUCUAUUCUAAAUUACAAACUGGGUAGAAAAAAUCGUUUGGUAAAUAUGUUUUAAAGAAACGAUUUCGCAAACCUUUCUCAUAGAACACUCAACCACAAUUCGUCUACAAAUUCAAUAAAUUCUUUUUUGGACGAAGAAUAUGAUACCGAAACAUUGAGUUCUUCAACUCGUACAACGGAAAAUAAUGAUAAAAAGUACAUUUAUACACUUAUGGAAAAUAUUCAAUAUUUAGAAAAUGAAACAAUCAAAUCUAACAUAAAAGAUCCUGAAGAGCAAUGGCAAACAAGUGAGAGUGAGUUACUUACUGAUUAUUCGAUAAGUAAUUCUAAGACAAACAAAACAACAAAUGAUGAAUCCUGGACUGAAUUAUCUGAAGAAAAUUUCAAGGUCUCUAUGGAAAACAUCCCAGAUAAUUAUGAACAUGGAAAAUUAAAACGCAAAGUGGAUCAUUCGUUAACAGUAACCAUUAAAAUUAACUCUUUAGAGAAGGUUCAUUGGGAACAUCAGCAACACAUCAUAAUAGCUCCACGAGUUUUGAUUCAACUCUUCAAGACAAACCCAGCUUACAAAUCUAUCAAACCUCAAAAUUUCUACGAGCAAGUCAACCAAUUAUUCGAGGUCAUAGGCCAGGGGAAUUCGACUCAGAAACUUCCAUUUGAGGCUCGAUCGAUUCAGUCGCGAUUAAUCCAAAUGCUACAUAAAAUGAAACGAGAAUUACCCAGAAAUAUAAGCUACUCCGGAUGGGUGGCAGCAGUGGGAAAAUACCAGCUGAGUCAGCUUUUCAGCUCCGAAGAAAUGCGUGCCUACGAGUCCUUGUGCCGGCAAUUAAGGGAUGAUAAAGAUGACUGCAGUCAGUACCCCAGAAGUGAAGAAUCAAGAUUCAGGGAUGCCCUGAGGGGCAUGAUGGGCCAGGAGUCGCCGCAUCUGAAGGCCUCAUCCGUAACUGGCCGACUGCAAAUACGCUCGCCACAUCACCAGGAGAGUGUAAGUGAGUCCUACCUCCUAUUAACUCUGGGUCUCUUGGGGUACCUUUAUCACUCGGCGAAAGAUCAGCUAAAGAAUCUUGAACAUCGGGGAGACUCAGGUGCUUACCUUGUGCGAGAUAUGCGAAAGAGAUUACAGAACUUUCCGGAGUUUCUGGACCGAAGGAGGAACCAACCUUGCAGCCUUCUUUGUCUGUACUGGCAGACUCGUGAAUACCAGUUGUUUUUCCAGUGGUUUCUGGCAUUGCUUAUGAAGAUAAACCAGAGUCAGGAUCAGGCUAUAAUUGUCACGCUAUACAGGGAAUCAUGCCGAAGAACUGGAGAACAAUGGAGAUUACUACAAAUGUGGCUGUCGGAAGCGAGCAAACCCUUCGUUUCAAGUCUUUGCUGUUGGUUAACGUUGGGUCAGCUCACUGUCUCGGUUAACGAUGAGUUCAUCGUUCAGCGUAACUUGAACGCAGUCACUGAUGACUUUUGGCAGCAACGCUAUCGACUAACAGCCUCAUUUGCCAAAUUGUUCAAUAGUCAGCUUGCCGAAAUGAUACUCAGUGUGGGAAAAAUGGUAGCCUACUCAAAAAAGUACUUGGAUCGCAAUGUGGAGACUCCACUGAGUAUCACAGAUCUCAACCAAAAGUUGCUUCUCCUGCUUAGUCAUUUCUAUCAGCAUGGGGAUCAGGAAGCCCUCUUCAACUUUCUUCACAAACUGCACUUUGAUGUCUCUGGAAAGGUGUUGAGUUUUCUGCGAGACAAGGACCCUUCGCCGAAGGUUCUGUUCCAUCAGAUGCAUAAGUACUUGAUGGUCACGGAUAUGCAUUUUUACAGGGAGCUAAUGCAGACACUGGAAGGUCAUCUCAGAGAGCCGGUUUCUGCAUUUAAUACCAAAUUGUUCAAUAUCAUGUUACGUCAGAUGUUGCCCAGACAGGUCGCCGAUAUUUAUAUAGAUAGAAGCGAAAGCCAGGGAUCCAAGUGCUGGUCAUGUUUUCUGAUUCGUUUAAAGUUGCCAGACUAUUGGAGAGCUCUUCUGGGUGAGAACAUGAAGGAGUACGAGGCUAUAUUUUCAGGAUUGUGGAAAUUCCAUUAUGCUAAUUAUGUGCUCUCCGAAAUGGUAGCUCGUUGGGAGUUGCAUUAUAAAAAGCAUACCAGAGCCACACAUUUUGAUUGCAUAGACCAAGUGGACCAGCAAUUUGACAUCCUUAUCGACCUUUUUCUGGAUGCAAUGAAUGUUUUGAAGAAUUAUCUGCUAACAACCUUAUUGGAACCGGCUUACAGCAAGCUGAGACUGGGAUGUGAAGAGGCCAACACCCUGGAUGAUAUGCUAAAUGCCAAUAGAACCUAUCUCCACACCGUAAGUCUGGGUUGCUUUCAAACAAAAGGUCUAAGCAAAUGUAACAUGUAUCUGGAGCAACUCUAUGAUGGCAUUAUGGAGCUUGAUUUUCAAGAACAGAGGUUCCACAGCAUCCUGAAGAACUUUAGGGACUAUUUGACCAGAUAUGGUGGACAAACGAGUGGUGUAAAUCAGUUUCUAUUACCAAGCUAUGAGUUAACAGAUCGAAAGCGUGAGUUUGCCUGGUCCUGCCGGGAUUCCAUAGAUGUCCUUAUUAUCCUAAAGGACAAAUUCCAAAAUACAAUGCUCGACCUUCUGUUUAGCCUUCAGUUGGAGGAUAUAGAAUCAUUUAGAAGACUGGCUCAAAGGUUGGAUCGAAAUGGCUAUUAUGAACGAAUGGACGAAAGAUUGGAGUUGGUACAAAGAUUCGAGUUUAAGAGAAAGAGAGAUAAUACCCAUUAUAGCAAACAAUAAAAGUUUUUGUAUUGCAGUUACAAAUCAAAUAAAUCAUUUAGAUUUUAUCCAUAAA